ACUUUGUUUUUGGUUUGGUGCGGUUCGACCUCUCAUGCGGAAUUUUCGCGUAAUUUCAACUUAGUAACUCUGGCAGAUUAUUAAUUACGCUUCAACAUGGGAGUACCUAAGUUUUUCAGGUACAUGAGCGAAAGGUAUCCAUGCCUUAGCGAACUGAUCAAGGAGUACGAGAUACCGGCAUUUGACAACAUGUACCUGGAUAUGAAUGGCAUAAUUCAUGUGUGCUCUCACCCAAAUGACAACAACCCACAUUUUCGAAUAACUGAAGACAAGAUUUUUCAAGACAUUUUUAAAUACAUUGAGGUUCUAUUUCGACUAAUCCAGCCACGAAAAUUGUUCUUCAUGGCUGUUGAUGGAGUUGCUCCCCGAGCAAAAAUGAACCAUCAGAGAGGACGCAGAUUUCGCUCUGCAAAAGACGCGGAAAAUUCCGAAAAACUGGCAAAAAGUAAAGGGGAAGUCCUUCCUGAAGAAAAAAGGUUCGAUUCCAACUGUAUAACCCCAGGCACAAACUUCAUGGUUAAAUUACAAAAACAGUUACAGAUCUUUGUUAAUCGGAAGAUCAGUGAAGACAAAAUGUGGAGAAAGAUUAAAAUAAUCCUUUCAGGACAUGAGUGUCCUGGAGAGGGUGAACACAAAAUUAUGGAUUAUAUCCGCUACAUGAAAUCACAAAAAAAUUAUGAUCCCAAUACCAGGCACUGUAUUUAUGGUUUAGAUGCUGAUUUAAUCAUGUUGGGACUAUGUACUCAUGAGCCUUAUUUUUCACUUCUUCGUGAAGAGGUAAAAUUUGGAAAACAGAACAAUAUGCGGGUUGUUUCAGCUGAAGAGAUUAAAUUUUAUCUUCUACAUUUAUCUGUGAUGAGAGAUUAUCUCGACUUAGAGUUUCAAGAUUUGAAAAAAAGGUUGUCAUUCCCUUAUGAUCUAGAAUGUAUAAUUAAUGACUGGGUCUUGAUGGGAUUUUUAGUGGGGAAUGAUUUCAUACCCCACUUACCUAACUUUCACAUUGCAAAUGGUGCUCUUCCACUUUUAUAUAAUGCAUAUAUUGAAGUUUUACCAACUUUAGAUGGUUACCUGAAUGAAGAAGGAAAAUUGAACCUGAGGCGGUUUGAAAGGUUUCUGAAAAAAUUGUCAGAGUUUGAUGAGGAUAAUUUCCGGGAAAAAACUGCCGAUUUGAAAUUCCUAGAGGGGAAACGUUUAAGAUCCUUGCAGGCUUUUAAUCCUGAUGAAUUAGAUGAUGGAGCUCCUGAUGAGCUAGAAUUGCCUGAUGACCCGGAACUUUCAGCAUUGAUUAAAGAAACCAACGACCUGGACUCCGAAGACAUGGAUGAAGACGCAAUCUUUGGUGCGGAAUUUUAUGCUGAUAAAAAAGACUACUACAAAAGUAAAAUGGGUAUUGACAUGAAUGAAGAAACAAUCAGGCAUCAAGCUGCUGUCUACAUUGAAGCUAUUCAGUGGAACCUCCAUUAUUAUUAUGACGGCUGUCGCUCAUGGUCAUGGUUUUACCCUUACCACUAUGCCCCUUAUGUAUCAGACAUCACGAAUUUCGCUGAUCUCCAGUUAGACUUCAACUUAAGCAAGCCGUUUUUACCCUUUGAACAGCUUCUAGCUGUGCUUCCUCCAGCAAGUAAGGAACUACUGCCUGUUCCGUAUCAGCGAUUAAUGACGGAUGAACGAUCUCCUAUCAUUGAAUACUAUCCGGAUGAUUUUGAUACUGAUCUGAAUGGCAAGAAGCAAGACUGGGAAGCCGUAGUUUUAUUACCUUUCAUCGAAGAGGAAAGGCUGAAAUCUGCAAUGGCAUCUUGUGCUGACGAAUUAACUCGUGAUGAAGUUGCCCGUAAUUCUCAUGGACCCAUGUACAUUUAUUCAUAUUCCAAAUCAGAUUCAUCAGUUCCUGAGAAUUACAAUGGACCUUUGAAACCUGGUGUACACGUUGAUGUUGUCUAUAGGGAGGAUCUUUUUGUGAAACCUAGAAAACUAGUGAAAGGCCUGUGUAAAGGCGUAAAUUUAGGAGCAUACAUGUUCGGGUUUCCAAAUUUACGGCACAUAAAUUUCAAAGCAACUCUAGAAAAAUCAAAAGUUAUGGUUUUUGAACAACCUUCUCGAUACGAAAGCAUGAUUCUUAAUAUUCAGCCGCAGGAAGAAAUUAAGUUGUCUGAAUUAGCAUCACAAAUAUUAAACAAAAUUGUGUAUGUGGAUUGGCCUUUUCUCUGUCCUGCCAAAGUUUCUCAAGUUCUCUCUGAAGAAGAAAAAUAUAUUUUGGAAUCGGAUGGGAAAAUCGUCUCGCAGAAGAUGACAAAAUCGGACCUUGAAGCUAUGCAACUUUGCGUUAGUACUGUUGAAACAAGGUACAAAAACAAGAAAGGUAUAAAUGUAGGGGAAACAAGCAUCCUGCUCAUGGCCCACAAAUUGAUAGGGCAAAAACGAGUGUUUAUGAAGAAUACAAUGGUGUCAUUUGAGAGAGAGUUUGCUGUACACGGGUCAUAUUUUGUCCAUCAAGCGGUUGUGACUGAUAUUGGAAGCAGCGAGUAUAUGUUGACUCAUCUGAAACCUUUGGAUGAAGUUUUCAAACCAGACAGUGAUUGUUUCAUGCUCGGACAUCCUCACUAUGGGUCGAUAGGAAAAGUAGUGGAAGUUUCAAAAACAGGACGAGUGAGAAUUGAGGUACGAGUUAUGGGUGAACCAAAUUUUGAAAUCCCCUUGAGGAAUUCUGUUAAUGUCCUAAACGCUUAUAUGAAACCGCACCAAGCUGCAAGCAGACUUGGAAUUUCUCCUCACCUUUUAUCAAGAAUAACAGGCACUAUUUUCGCUACAAAGCCAAGCAGUGAAGAAGAUGAUGGGAGUUUGAGAAAAGAAAUCAAAGUCAAUAUAGGCUUAAAUUUGAAAUUCACAAAAAAAUUGGAAGUGGUACCUGGGUAUGUAAGGCGAACAGAGCAAGGAUGGGUUUACUCCACCAAGACAGUAGAUUUAAUCAUAUCUUACAUGCGGAAGUAUCCAACUAUUUUCGAGCACAUUAAUAAAUGUAAUGAGAAUGAUGUAUACAAAGCCACAGAUUUAUUCCCCCACUCGCCUGAUCCAAAUCUAGAAUUAGACGCUCUGUCCAAGUGGUUGAAGAGUGAGCCAUUUUACUCAAUUCCAAGAGUCUCAUGUGCCACAGAACUUUUAGAAGAAGUAAUAGUUCAAGAUGUGUAUGUUGCUGUCAAUCAAUUUUAUGAGUCGCAACGCAGAAAGAAGAGUGUUACUUUAGAAGUCAAACCAUUCCUUUUAUAUCAGCCUGUUGAAAAGUUGGAUGUCAAGUUACCUGAUCCUUCCACUGUAUUUUACUUAUUUGACCGAGUUAUCUGUGUCCGAGAGUCAUUCUCUGUACCUCUAGGAUUGAAAGGAACUGUUGUAGGAAUUCAGAGGGAUAAACAGGAUACUGAAGACAAAGAUUUGCUUAUCAUAGUCUUAUUUGAUAAAGACUUCACAAACAGCGACUCACUAGACCCAUUGUGCAAAAGGAUGCAUAGGCUGCAUCCUCAGGGAUUGAUAAACAUAUCUCAUGGUGAAAGACUUGCAAACAAAAGCUCUGCUCCAAAAUCGCAUAUAAAUGCUGUGGCUGACAAAACGGCAGGUUCAUGGAGACAAAAUAAUAAUCCGCAGUCUGCAUUUGCUUCUGUGGAUUCAAAGGAAGAGUUUUGGAAUGCCAAUUCAGGAUCAAGAUCCUCUGGAGAAAAAUCUAAUUCUGGAUAUUUUCGAAACGAUUUUCGGAAGAACAAUUUUAUGCAGUCCAGCCCACAGCACUCGGUGGACAAAUUUUUCAACAAGUCAGACAAAUAUAGUCAUACACCUUUGCAAAAGCAUGUGAAUGAAAAUUCCAGCGCAUCAAAGUCAAAAACUAAUUCCAACAGUGGGGACUACAGUGCCAUGUGGGAGGAACUUCAGAAAGCCAAAAAUUCCAAACCGAAAUCACCACCUCCUGUUGUGGACCCAUCUAAUGCUCUGAAGAAGAUGUUACAAAUAGUGGAGGCUCCCAAAGCUUUAUCCAGUUUACGACCGGAGACAAGAUCUUUAACAAGCUCAGGUCAGACACCAAAUGCAGCAUUUGCCACCUUACCUACGAAUGUGAAUGCUCCUCCUCCAUUACUGUCUAAUACACAACCAAACUUCAUGUCUAGUCCGGACAACUCAUUCCCCAGGAAUCUUAAUCCCUUCAACCUACCCUAUCCGGGCCAUGUAUUUGGUAGUAAUGGAACUGCAUCUGGUGUACUUCAAAUGCCUCCAAGAUUUCCAUCAUCUCUCCCUCCACCUCCGAUAGUCGCUCCAACUCAUGGAAAAUGCGCUCCUCCGGUUGUACCCAAUUUUCCUAUGAAUUCAGUUCAGGAAAAUAAAAACAAUGAUCUCUCACCAUUCUGCAAUCCAUUUGUGCCCCUACAAGUCACGCGGAAUCAAGUGACACACUCACCAAGAGGCUCUGCAUCUGCCCAAACUUCAGAAAGUUUUUCUGGACAGAAGUUGCAGUCUUCCAAUGGCUCCAUUCCUCCUCUAGUUUCAAAUUCCAGUACAAACAUAACACCUGCUACGGCAAAACCAAGGAAAAGCAGAAUAGCAGCAAAGUUCAUGGCACCUCCUGAUCCUAAAGCAUAAGGGUAUGUCAGCAGUUUUGGAUUAUGCAGUAAUCAUACUGUCAAUUUACUGUGAUUCUAAUUUUGAAUUUUUGUUUAAAAAUGUUUAGUUUAGUAGUUAGUUGUAUGAAAAGUAUUUUUCAGCGAUCUAACUCUCUUUUAUAUAUAUAGCUUACCGUUGCUGCAGCAAGGAGCUUUGAUGUUAUCAAAUGCUCUGUUAGGUUUCUCCUAUGGCUAAUGUUUUUCAAAACCAUUUGAAGGAAUAUUCUAAGUAAUGCAUAAUGACUACGUAGAUAGAUAAAAGAAAAAAGUGAUGAGUGUUGCUAUGAGCUUCAUCUUUUCUUUCUGCCUAAAUAUCCAUUUCUUAAUGAUGUCAUAUUGUCACUAAACUCUAUUAUUCCUC